AUGGCUACCGUCCAGGCGCCCCCGGCCGUCCAGCACUCGGGCUCGGCCAUGCCUGCUGGUAUGACCCAACAACAGGUUCAGGAAAUCUUCCAGAAAUACCGUCAAAUGCAAAGCCAGGGAGUCUCUGAGACCGACCCCGAGUUCAUCAAGACGCGCCAGUUCCUGGCGAAUCUGCAAGCCCAGCAACAGUUCAGGAGACAGCAGCAGCAGCAGCAGAAUGCUCUCAUGCAGCAGCAGCAGCAGCAGCAGCAGCAACAGCAGCAACAGAUGCAGCAAACCGCCAACGGUGCUGUCAAUGGCACUCCAUCGUCAGAAACCACGGCGCAGCCGACGGCUCCGGCGACGCAACUCCCAUCGUCCUCGAGCCUCAACACAUCGGCUCUCCCCGCUUCUUCGAGCGCACCAGCGAAUGCUGCGAGUGCCUCCCCUUCUACUGGCUCGAGCGCCACUCAGUUCACGCCACAACAACUUAGCCUCCUGAGACAGCAGAUCCAUGCCUUCAAGCUUCUUGGUAAGAAUGUCGGCGUGCCUGUCCAAAUGCAACAGGCCAUCUUCGCGCAGCGACAGCGACGGCAGGCUGCAGCGGCUGAGCAAGCAGCUCGUGCCUCGGCCACCCCUACCGCCCAAGCUACUCCGGCUCUGGACGGCAUGAAGCCUGGGCAGCCUCCUCUUGAGGGUGCAGGGGAAGAGCCUCGCAAGAUACGAACUUUCAAGAAUGUCCAGUCUCCCUAUGAUGGCAGCUUAGUGCGCAAGACGCUCAAUUAUCUCGACCAUUCCAACCGAAGGAAUCGCUUCGUCAUCCCCGGAGUCUUCCCAACCGGUAUUGAUUUUGAGCAGCUGCGGACUGAGCGUGAGAAGAUCGUCUUCAAUAGGAUGAGUGCGCGGUAUGCAGAGCUGAAGUCUCUGCCUGGCAACCUUGCUCAUUGGGAUGCUUCCCAGGACGACUUGUCCACAGAUGAUACCCUGAGGCGCCGUGCGAUUAUUGAGAUGAAGUCGCUCGCCCUUUACUCCAAGCAGCGCGCUCUCCGCGACAAGAUUGGGCGGCAGAUGAUGCAUUACGACAACCUCGCCAUGACGACUAACAGGAGCAUGUACCGCCGCAUGAAGAAGCAGAACGUCCGCGAGGCACGUAUCACUGAGAAGCUCGAGAAACAGCAACGUGACGCUCGUGAGCAUCGCGAGAAGAAGAAGCAUUCCGACUUUCUGCGUGCGGUGGAGAGCCAUCGCGCUGAAAUCCUCACCUCGGCCGUCAACCAGCGCAACAAGAUGCAGAAGCUUGGUCGCCUCAUGUAUCACCAGCAUUUCAACAUUGAGAAAGAAGAGCAGAAGCGUAUUGAGCGCACAGCGAAGCAACGUCUGCAAGCCCUCAAAGCCAACGAUGAGGAGGCUUAUCUCAAGUUGCUCGACCAAGCCAAAGAUACACGUAUCACACAUCUUCUCCGGCAGACGGACGGAUUCUUGCACCAACUUGCCUCGUCCGUCAAGGCACAGCAGCGGCAGGCAGCUGAGCGCUACGGCAACGAGCCCAGUCUUCCAGAGGAAGAGGACAGCGAAGUCGACGAGGACGAUGAAGACAGCGCGCGAAAGAUUGACUACUAUGCUGUCGCUCAUCGGAUCAAGGAGGAGGUUACUGGCCAAGCAAACAUCCUCGUUGGCGGUCAACUCAAAGAGUACCAAAUCAAGGGCCUUCAGUGGAUGUUGUCUCUCUACAACAACAACCUCAAUGGUAUCCUUGCUGAUGAAAUGGGUCUCGGAAAGACCAUCCAGACCAUCAGUUUGGUUACGUACCUGAUUGAGCGGAAGCUGCAGCAGGGUCCUUACCUGGUCAUUGUGCCUCUCAGUACGCUUACCAACUGGAAUCUGGAGUUCGAGAAGUGGGCACCAUCGGUUAGCCGUAUCGUCUACAAGGGACCUCCGAAUGCCCGCAAGCAGCAACAGGAGAAGAUCCGGCAAGGCAAAUUCCAAGUCCUUCUGACCACUUACGAAUACAUUAUCAAGGAUCGACCAAUCUUGAGCAAGAUCAAGUGGUUCCACAUGAUCAUCGAUGAAGGCCAUCGUAUGAAGAACUCGAACUCAAAGCUCAGCGCCACCAUCCAGCAAUACUACAGCACGCGUUUCCGCCUCAUUCUCACCGGUACUCCUCUCCAGAACAACCUAGCUGAGCUGUGGUCUAUGCUCAAUUUCGUCCUGCCCAACAUUUUCAAGUCCUCCACGACUUUCGACGAAUGGUUCAACACUCCCUUCGCAAACACCGGCGGACAGGACAAGAUGGAGCUCACCGAAGAGGAACAGAUUCUGGUCAUUCGUCGCCUGCACAAGGUGUUGCGGCCCUUCUUGUUGCGUCGUCUCAAGAAGGAUGUCGAAAAGGAUCUUCCAGACAAGACAGAGAAGGUCAUCAAGUGCAAGUUCUCAGCGCUGCAGUCCCGUCUGUACAAGCAGAUGGUCACACACAACAAGCUCAUUGUGAGCGACGGCAAGGGUGGCAAGACUGGAGCUCGCGGUCUCAGCAACAUGAUCAUGCAGCUCCGAAAGCUUUGCAAUCAUCCCUUCGUUUUCGACGAAGUCGAGAAUCAGAUGAACCCGCAGAGCAUCAGCAACGACGUUCUCUGGAGAACUGCUGGCAAAUUCGAGUUGCUUGAUCGAAUCAUCCCCAAGUACCAAGCUACUGGCCAUCGUGUCCUCAUGUUCUUCCAGAUGACUGCCAUUAUGGACAUCAUGGAGGAUUUCCUUCGCUACCGUCACAUCCAGUAUCUCCGCCUGGACGGUACCACCAAGUCUGAAGACCGGUCUGACCUUCUGCGGGACUUCAACCGCCCGGAUUCCCCAUACUUCAUGUUCUUGCUGUCCACUCGUGCUGGUGGUCUGGGUCUGAACCUGCAAACUGCAGAUACCGUCAUCAUUUAUGAUUCGGACUGGAACCCCCAUCAGGAUCUGCAGGCCCAAGAUCGUGCCCAUCGUAUCGGACAGAAGAACGAAGUCCGUAUUCUACGGCUGAUCAGCUCCAACUCUGUCGAAGAAAAGAUCUUGGAGAGGGCCCGGUACAAGCUCGACAUGGAUGGCAAGGUUAUUCAGGCAGGUCGUUUCGACAACAAGUCAUCCGAGACUGAUCGUGACGCCAUGCUUCGGACGCUCCUGGAGACUGCCGACAUGGCAGACUCGGGCGAGCAAGAGGAGAUGGACGACGAAGAGCUCAAUAUGAUUCUCGCUCGAAAUGACGACGAGGUCACCGUCUUCCAAGAGAUCGAUGAGCGGAGGUCCAAAGACCCGACGUACGGUACUGCAGCAGGUUGCAGCGCAAAGUCACGCCUCAUGACCGAGGACGAGCUGCCUGAGAUCUAUCUGUCUGAUGGGAAUCCCGUCGAGGAGGAGACUGAAACCAUUCUUGGACGUGGCGCGCGUGAGCGGACUAAAGUUCGCUACGACGACGGCCUUACCGAAGAGCAGUGGCUCAUGGCAGUGGACGAUGAUGAAGAUUCCCCCGAAGCUGCUGCUGCUCGCAAGCAAGCCCGCAAGGAUAAGCGUGAGGCCAAUCGUCUGAAGCGCUUGAACGCUGGAGAGCCCUCAGUUGAAGGGUCGCCUGUCGCUAGUCGCGCAAGCACCGAAGAACAGGAGACUCCCGUCAAGAAGCGCGGCCGUAAGCCGGGCAGUAAAAACGAGAAGCGCAAGGCCGAAGAGGGCGAGGACGAGCCGCCUGCGAAGAAACGCCGCGGACCUCAGGGGCGUCCCAAGGCGGUCGCACUUACCAACGGAGCGGACAGUAAGCUUUCAGAGGCCCAGCGCAAGCUCUUAACCGAGAGCAUGCGCCGGCUGUUCGAUGGUCUCAUGAACCUGGAGGUUGAUGACCCAGAGCCUGAAGAGAAGGAUCCCGACGACAAGGACGACGACGACGAGCCUGCCAAGCGUCUCAUUAUCGGCCCGUUCGUCAAGCUGCCUUCGAAACGUGACUACGGCGACUACUAUCUUAUCAUCCAGCGGCCUAUCUGCAUGAACCACAUCUCCGCCAAGAUCAAGAAGAAUGAGUACAGCCGCCUCAGCGAUAUGCAGAAGGACAUCAAGCUUCUCUGCAACAAUUGCCGGACAUACAACGACGAUGGCAGCCUUCUCUACUCCGACGCUAACUUUAUGGAGCAAUUCUUUGACCAGAAACUCAAGGAGGAGCUUGCGGCGCACCCCGAACUCCAGGAGCUCGAGGAGCCUGCCCCAAAGGAGGAGUCGGUUGCUCCCACUACGAAUACCGGGACACCCCAACCCCCUUCAAAUGGGCUGCCCAAGAUCAAGCUUGUCUCGAACGGUAGCUCGGCACAGAUCAACGGGGGUGCCAGUAGUAAUGUCCAGAGUGAUGAGGAUUGA